CGCGCCGCGGAGGAUGCUCGGGCCGUGAGCCCGCAGCCGGCAGCCCCGGCGCGGCGCAGCCAUGGGCAAGGACCAGGAGCUGGUGCAGGCGGUGAAGGCGGAGGACAUCGCGGCCGUGCAGAAGCUGCUGCAGAGGCCCAAGCCCGGCAAAGCCAAGCUCCUCGGAUCAGCCAAGAGAGUCAAUGUCAACUUCCAGGACACGGACGGGUUCUCAGCUCUGCACCAUGCGGCACUCAACGGCAACAUGGAGCUCAUCUCGCUGCUGCUGGAGGCACAGGCUGCCGUGGACAUCAAGGACAACAAAGGCAUGAGGCCCCUGCACUACGCAGCCUGGCAGGGCAAGAAGGAGCCCAUGAAGAUGGUGCUGAAGGCAGGCUCCUCUGUGAACAUCCCAUCAGACGAGGGCCAGAUCCCCCUGCACCUGGCGGCACAGCACGGGCACUACGACGUGUCGGAGAUGCUCCUGCAGCACCAGUCCAACCCCUGCAUCAUGGACAACUCGGGCAAGACGCCCCUGGACCUGGCAUGCGAGUUUGGCCGGGUCGGGGUGGUCCAACUGCUCCUGAACAGCAACAUGUGCGCGGCGCUGCUGGAGCCCAAACCGGGGGACACCACCGACCCCAACGGCACCAGCCCGCUGCACCUGGCCGCCAAGAACGGCCACAUCGACAUCAUCCGGCUCCUGCUGCAGGCUGGCAUCGACAUCAACCGGCAGACCAAGGCGGGCACGGCGCUGCACGAGGCCGCGCUCUGCGGCAAAACGGACGUGGUGCGGCUGCUGCUGGAUAGCGGGAUCAACGCCCACGUCAGGAACACCUACAACCAGACGGCUCUGGACAUCGUCAACCAGUUCACCACCAGCCAGGCCAGCAAGGAGAUCAAGCAGAUGCUGCGGGACGCCUCCGCAGCCCUGCAGGUCCGGGCCGUCAAGGAUUACUGCAACAACUACGACCUGACCAGCCUGAACGUGAAAGCCGGGGACGUCAUCACCGUGCUGGAGCAGCACGCGGACGGGCGAUGGAAGGGCUGCAUCCACGACAACCGCACCGGCAACGACCGCGUGGGAUACUUCCCCUCCAGCCUGGUGGAGGCCAUAAGCAAACGAACAGGUUCAUGGGAGACUGUAACAAUCCCCCAACACUUCCAAAAGAUCUCGCUCCCGGCUUACGGGGCUGCUGUGCUAAACGGUGACGCCUCGUCCCAUCCGUUCCAUUCCCUGCCUCCACCUCCACCUCCACCACCACAUUCCCAUCAGACUCUUUUCAGUUCCUUUGGCUAUCACAGGCUCUCCCCUAGCAGUGCCGACGAGCCGCGUUACGGACAAGGGUCCCGCGGGGCCGACAUGAGCCCGUCCCACCUGUCCCCGUCGCAGGGCGGAUCGGCCACGGCAGCGCCCGCCGAGGAGAUCUGGGUGCUGCGGAAACCCUUCGCAGGUGGUGACCGCAGCAGCCUGGGCAGCACGGGCAGCGUGGCCUCGGCGCGCAGCUCGGGGAGCGGGCAGAGCGCGGGCAGCGGGGCGCACGCCCUGCACGCCGGCUCCGAGGGCGUCAAGCUGCUGGCAACCGUCCUUUCCCAGAAGGCUUCUGCGCAAGAGUGUGCCGUGGGCGAUGGGCCGGCCAAGGCGCAGGACAUCCCCGCAGGUUCGUCGCGGUCGCAGAGCGUGGCCAGCUCCCCCUACGCCCCCCAGCCCCCCGCCGAGCCCCAGCUGAAGAAAAUGGAGCCUCCAUCAGAGGGGAAGAGCUCGGAGGCCGUGUACCAGUGGCUCUGCAAGUUCCAGCUGCAGCUCUACGCUCCCAACUUCAUCAACGCCGGCUACGACAUCACCACCAUCAGCAGGAUGACGCCGGAGGACCUCACGGCCAUCGGGGUCACCAAGCCGGGCCACAGGAAGAAGAUCGCCUCCGAGAUCAACAACCUCAGCAUCCCCGAGUGGCUGCCCGAGUACAAACCGGCCAACCUGGCGCUGUGGCUCUCCAUGAUCGGCCUGUCCCAGUACUACAAGGUGCUGGUGGAGAACGGCUACGAGAACAUCGACUUCAUCACCGACAUCACCUGGGAGGACCUGCAGGAGAUCGGCAUCACCAAGCUGGGCCACCAGAAGAAGCUGAUGCUGGCGGUGAAGAAGCUGGCGGAGCUGCAGCGCGCCGAGCUGGGCAAGUACGAGCCGGGCACGCUGAAGAGGAAGGCGUCGGGGCCGAGCCCAGAGGUGCUGGCCAUCGAGUCCCCGCCGCCGGAGCCGCCCGAGUGCCAGUCGCCCAAGAUGACCACGUUCCAGGACAGCGAGCUCAGCAGCGAGCUGCAGGUGGCCAUAACGGGCGAAGGCCCCGAGGAGCCCCCCGAGAAGGCGCCGAACCCCGCGGGCCCCGCUUACCGCUCGCCGCCGGGGCUGGGCGGCCGCGCCCGGGGGAUGAGCAGCUCGCAGGAGCUGCUGGGGGACGGCCCGCGGGGCCCGCCCGCCGCCGCCAUCUCCAAGAGCCAGGAGUACCUGGCGGAGGGGGCCGGGGAGAGCCCCCCCGCGCCGGCCAAGGAGAGCCGCCCGCCCCGGCACGGGCACCCCGUGAAGCGCGCCAGCGUGCCCCCGGUGCCCGGCAAGCCCCGGCAGCCCUUCCCCGCCUCUGCCGGGCAGCUGACGCCGCCGCAGACCCCCGGCAAGGCGCGGCCCUCGUCCCCGCAAGGCCCGGCGGCCCCGCACGCCACGGCCAAGGUGAAGCCCACCCCGCAGCUGCUGCCGCCCGGCGAGCGCCCGGCCUCGCCCCGCUCCCUGCCCCAGUCGCCCACGCACCGCGGCUUCGCCUACGUCCUGCCGCAGCCCGCCGAGGGCGAGGCGGCGCCGCCGGGGGUGCCCGUGCUGCCCGUCUCGGUGCCCGUGCUUUGCCUGCCGCCCGCGGGCGAGGGCGAGGAGGAGCCGGGCAGGCCGAAGAAGCGGGCGCACAGCCUGAACCGCUACGCCGCCUCGGACAGCGAGCAGGAGCGGGACGAGCUGCUGGUGCCGGACGCGGGGCCCUACGCCACCGUGCAGCGCCGCGUGGGCCGCAGCCACUCGGUGCGGGCCCCCGCCGGCGGCGACAAGAACGUCAACCGCAGCCAGUCCUUCGCCGUCCGGCCCAAGAAGAAGGGACCCCCGCCGCCCCCUCCCAAGCGCUCCAGCUCCGCCAUCUCCAGCGCCGGCAUGGCCGAGGACUUCCCCAAGGAGGGUGAGGGCGAGGCGGCCGUGGGAGCCCCGAGCGCCGAGGGCGAGGGCCGCCGGGAGCAGCGGCGGGCGAGCGACCUGGGCGGCAGCGUGGACACGGGCAGCGCCGGCAGCGUGCGCAGCAUCGCGGCCAUGCUGGAGAUGUCGUCCAUCGGCGGCGGGGCCCGCGCCCUGGCGCUGCAGAAACCGCACGUGGCAGCCGGGCCGGGGCCGGCGCCGGCCAAGGCGCCCGAGGGUUACUACCUACAGCCCGGGCCGCCGCCGGGCAGCCCCGACCGCGCCCGCGUGGCCACCGUGCUGGCCACCGUCAAGCACAAGGAGGCCAUCGGGCUGGACGGGGAGGUGGUGAACCGGCGCCGGACCAUCAGCGGCCCCGUCACCGGGCUGGUGGCAGCCGCCCGCCGAGAGCGCGCCGACAGCGUGCGGUCGGAGGCGGCCGCCGACGGCCCCGGCGAGCGGCUGCGGGUGGAACGCGGCGGCUCCCCCGACGGCAUCCCCUUCGCCGAGGACGGCACCCUCACCAUCAAGCAGCGGCCGCGGCCCCUGGGGCCGGCCCGCGGGGAGACGGGCGAGGGGCUGUCCCCGGCCCACCGCCACGGGGACCUGGCCAAGGUGGAGGCCAGCGCCACGCUCAAGCGGCGGAUCCGGGCCAGGCAGAGCCAGCAGGACGGCGUCCGCUUCGUCCUCACCGAGUCCGACACCGUCAAGCGCCGGCCCAAAGCCAAGGACAAGGAGCCGGCGCUGGAGCCGACCACGCUCGCCGUGUACCAGAACGGCACCGGCACCGUGAAGCGGCGGCCGGCCUCGGAGCUGAGCGGGGCCGAGCCGCCGCCCACCCCGCCGCCCGCCGCCCGCCCCGACGGCCCCGAGUUCGCCCCGCCGCCCGCCGAGCCCAAGAAGCCCUUCAAACCGCCGGUGUCUCCCAAGCCCGUGCUGACGCAGCCGCCGCAGAAGAUGCCCGGCCCGCCCGUGCCCGUCCCCAAAAAGGUGCCCAUCCCGAGCCCCGGCAGCCCAGAGGUGAAGCGGGUCCAUGGCACGCCGCCCCCCGUGUCCCCCAAGCCCACGCCGCCCCCCACGGCGCCCAAGCCCCCCAAGCCCCACGCCGCCAUCCAGUCGGUGAGCGCCAGCUCCACGCCGGCGCCGUCGCCGGCCCGGCAGCUGAGCCCCGCGGGCAAGCCCUCGAGCACGCCGCCCUCGCUCUGCUCCAGCCCCGCCAAGCCCCUGUCGCCCGGCGCGCAGCCCCAGCAGGUGCCCGUGAAGCCGCCCCGCUCCACCAUCGCCAGCCCGUCCGUGGACAGCGGCGGCCCUGAGCUGGCGCAGCAGAAGCUGGAGGAGACGAGCGCGUCCCUGGCGGCCGCGCUGCAGGCCGUGGAGGAGAAGAUCAAGCAGGAGGACAGUCAGGCGGCAGACUCGGCCGUGGAGUCGAAGAGCACCGUGAGCAUCCUGGACGACAUCGGCAGCAUGUUCGACGACCUGGCGGACCAGCUGGAUGCCAUGCUGGAGUGAGUGAGGGGCGCCAGGGCCCCGAGAACCUCAGGGCUUACGUGGGCACAAGGGCACAACGAUCCACGACCCCCCGGCCCCGCCGCCCUCCCCCCGUCCCCUUUGUACAGCCGUCCCCUCCCGGACAUCCCGUCCCUCGGGGUUUGCACAAAGAAGAAGAUACCUCAGGAUUGUGCUCACGGACUCGGCGCCGGCUCCGGCAGGACUCCCUUUUGCAGAAGCAAAAAACAAACGAACAAAAACCACAGAAAUAAAACCCGACAGAAGAAACAAAGCAACACAAAGCUCCGCACCGGGGCUCGGGGGGCUCGGGGCUGACCCUGGCAGCCGUGGUGCCGCGGGUCACCGCCGCCCGAAUGUAGCACAAGCCCUGCCCGGUGGCUCUGCCAGCCGCGUGUCACCGACGGCGUUUGCUGGUGGCGGGGCCGGGCGGGCAAAUGCACUUGGGUUUCUUUGCUCCGUUUUUAAUUUUGAUUUUUAAACUUUGUUUUCUUUCUCGGUCGGCGUUGGCGGGGGCGGGCAAGGCUGGCGGUGGCCCUGGGGGCAGCGGGACGUGCCCCUGCCCGGCCCCUCCCCGCCUGGGGACAGGACGGUGAUAAGCUAUUAAAAAAAAAAAAAAGUAUUAAUUUAUUGGAGGGGAAAAAAAAAUAAAAAAAAAAAAGGAUAUAAAGCAGAUUUCCCCCAACCCCAAAAUAAUAAAAAAGAAAUAAACUUUAACAAAUAUAUAUUUAAAAGAUUUAAAAAUAUUAGCAAUUAUAUAUAAAGCAGUUUAAAAGAAAUCAAGAGAAAACUGGAUUUUAGCUUGAGAAAAACUAUUAGAUUAUACUAAGCUGUGUGUCUUGUGGCAAACUCAUUCUAAGAGUAGCACAAUAUUUACCUUUUCUCUGGGUGGAAGGUACGUGCGAGCGGUUCUGGUCGGGUUUUCCGUUGGGAUUCAGUGUCGCGUCUUUCUUUUUCCACCGUUACGAACUCAAAGGAUGUGCCUUGUUUUAUGGAGGUUUUUGUUAAUUCUUACACCGGAGGUGUUUCAUUUCCUUUGGAGUUGUCUUCAGGGUUUGGUUCGGUUUCUUUUCCUCGCUUUUGCUGUCGGUCUGUGUCUGGGUGCGUGUGGGUGUGCGUGGGUGUGCACGCGGGGUGCGUGUGCCCGGCGCGUCCCGCGGGAUGCGCCGCUGUAUAUUCCUGUACAAACUGGAGUUGGAGUCUGGUUCAGUCGCUUGAGUCCUGAUGAAUGCAUUUUUUGCUUGUGGUUUCCAAACAGAAGUGUUGCUGUUCCUUUCUUUCUCUCGAGACGUGGAGUGGUCUCUCCCUCCUUCCCUCUCCCCCCCUGCCCUGUCUCCCCCCGUCUCUCCUGUUGUGGUCGCUGAUCCAGAUGUGUUUGGCACAACUUUGAAAUUUCUUUUGAAAAAAACAAAAAACCAACAAAACACAAAAAAAAAAAGACUUUAAAAAUAAUUUAAAAAAAUAAAUAAAUCACCCGCCUGAAAAUAUCUGUUGAAAAGAAAAAAAAAUAUGUAUCUAAAAAAAAAUCCAUAAAGUUCUACAUGAUGGAUAUAUACAUAUAUAUAUUUUUUAUGAUUAAGUUAUGGACUCUGUAUCGUAUCCCAUCUGUCCAGCUCUGCAUCUUGGUGCUGCUCCCUGCUCUUCUGUGCUUAGAUUUCACCUCUACUCGUCUUUAUUCUUCCUAUUCUGAAUUGUAGAUGGCUCGUGGUGCUGUGAAGACGUUUGCUCCUAUACCAAGUCUGGCAACAAAUAUUUAAACAAAAAUAAAAAAAUAAAACCCCUGCCGGGCUGCCACCACUGUUUGUGUCCCCAAGCCUUCCUGAGUCCUCGUGGCGUGCUGGGUGUUUGUGCUGCACAGUCUGAGGGCACCCCUGGGUGUCUCUGUGGGGUGCUGGGGCCUGGCUGGGAGCUGUUCCCUG